AUGAAGACUGCUCUUGUUGUCGGCGCUCUCGCCGCCUAUGCUGCUGCUCACACAUAUCCCAACUGUGAGCAUGACAACUGCUACCGCGCUCUGAUCAAGGACGGUCUCCAGGACAAAGCCAGGAACUUCUGCUCCGGAUGGCUUGCUGGCACUACUACCCUGGACUCUGCUAUUCCCACCGACUUCAACAACUGCAACAACGUCAAGGCCGCCAGCUCUGCUUGCUCCUGCGUCACUUACAACCCUUCUCAGACAGCUGGUCCUUCCAUCACCUCUACUCCUGCCCUAAUCAGCGAGGAGCCCUCCACGACCACUCCUACGACCACCGAGUCUGAGCAGCCUCCUACAACGAUUCCUACCACUCAGGCUCCCGCUACGACCACUCCCGCGACCAGCCAUGCCACCACCAAGUGGACGACUUCCACCGUCUGCACCACCAAGACUUACACCAUCACCUCUUGUCCCACUGAGGUGACCAAGUGCCCCGCUGGUCACACCACCGUCAUUACAGAGACCAUUCCUAUCUAUACCACAGUCUGCCCCGUCACCGAGACCCAUGGUCCUCUGCCUCCUCCUCCCCGUCCUGCUGGCAACCAGACGUCUGCUCUUUACACCACUCAGAUCUAUACCAUCAGUUCUUGCCCUUCUUCUGUGCCCGAUUGCCCCAAGGUCGUCACCACCGUCUACCCUACUGGCACAACCAUAAUUAAGAGCUUGACCUCUGUGCCCGUUGAUUCCACCCAGCCUGCCCAGCCUACCCAGCCAAGUAUCCAACCUAUUCACGGUACCGGCGUUCCUCCCCCCGCCCCCCGCCCUCAGACCACUCAGCCUUCCCCUCCCAUCGUCACGGCCGCCGCUGGUCAGCUUGUUGGAAGCCUCGAGCUCGUUGCUGCCGCUGCUGGUGUUGCUGCCCUCUUGCUGUAA